AUGUGGGGCGCGGCGACGCACGGCCAAGAGGCGCGGCUGCAGCAGGCACUGGAUGGCCUAAGCUGGCGCCCCUGGCACCAGGGGCCCUGCCUGCGCGUGGUGGGCGUGGCACACCGCAGCACGUUCUUCCGCUACCUGGUGCGCACGGUGGUGGAGCGAGAGCACCUGUUCCAGUUCGGCCGACCCGAACUGGUCGUGUAUGUGCCCAGCUCCGAGGUCGAGAGGCUGACCUCGUCCCCUGACAUGAGCGGCCGGGCGUACCGGCCGUACAGCAUCCUCAGCCAGAUUUUUUUCGACCUGGAGCUGCUGCGCCGGGUCCCGGCCAAACACUUCUACCCCUGGAUGAUGGCGCGCAAGCGGGUGUCCUUCACCGACAUGGACAUGGUGCUGAUCCGGUACACGCCCAAGGUGGACCCCGGCCUGCCGGACUCGGAGCUGCCCAACCUCGACUUCUUCAUCCGCCACUGCACCGUCUCGAAGAGGAGGCGUAUCGUCCCGCAGCUUGAGUGA